UCCAACGUGGCCGCCGCGAGGAGUGAAGAAAAUAACCUGAUUAAAUAAGAAAUUUCAGUUAUAAAUUGAAAAGAAAUAUUUCCUCUUUAAUUUUCAACUUAUACCGAAAAUGAGUAAGCCUAUUUUGUAUUCAUAUUUCCGCAGUUCAUGUUCAUGGCGAGUGCGUAUUGCAUUGGCAUUGAAAGGCAUUGACUAUGAAACGAAUCCUGUCCAUUUACUCAAAGAUGGAGGACAACAGUUUUCUGAUGAAUAUUCAAAGUUAAAUCCAAUACAUGCUUUACCAACACUUCUUAUUGACAAUCUGACGCUGACUCAAUCGAUCAGUAUUCUGGAAUACCUUGAGGAAACACGACCAGAGCCACCUUUAUUACCUCCCAAUGAUCCUGCAAAAAGAGCUGCAGUCCGUCAAAUUGUGUUUGCCAUUGCAAUGGACACUCAACCUGUACAGAAUCUGUCAGUUCUAAAGAAGGUUGGCGAUGAAAAGAAAGUUGAAUGGGCACAUUACUUUAUAGACAAACGUUUUGAAGGCAUUGAGGAAAUGUUGAAAAAGACAUCUGGAAAAUAUUGUGUUGGUGAUGAGAUAACCAUGGCAGACCUUUGUCUUGUUCCACAAGUUUUCAAUGCUAACAGAUUCAAAGUUGACAUGACAAAGUUCCCGCGUAUUUCUGAGAUAAACGAUCGUCUGAUGGAAAUAGACGCAUUCAAAGUGGGACAUCCAUUUCGUCAACCCGAUUGUCCCGAUGAUCUUAAAAUUGACUGAGGGUAAAAUUAAAGUCGAUCUGAGAGGAAAUUAGUGUAGUAUCUGCAUUAUUAACUACCUUGAAAACGCGAGACUAAUGCAACUGAGGACUAGAAUGGAAAAAUAGAUGAUGAUGUAGGAGAGAGAGUUCUCUAGGUAUUCGUGUGUUCGCACGAGUGGAUUAAGCUUAGAAAUAUAAUUUGCGAAUAUUCUGACAAUGAUACUAGCUAGAUAUUGACUGUAUGAAGACGUAUGUACCACGAGUUUACAUGAAUCUAUAAA